ACAUGUGCCCUUAAUUUCAUUGAAAAGGAGGAAGGCGGGAUAUGAGUGUCAAAAGCAACAUGCCUGUUUUAAAACUGAUUAUUUAGGUAGAACUUUGGCUGAAAACGAUAUAGUUCUCAAAUAUGGAUAGUAUCAACGCUAAGUACGUCUCACAGAAGAUCAGCAAGACUCGAUGGAGACCAGUCUCUUCUGCUUCGUUGCAGCAACCAGAAAUGUUUGCCACUGGUUCUUGGGACAACGAGGAUAAUAAAGUGUCGUUGUGGACUAUUGGUGACCAUGGAGUGGCUAGUAUGGAAGAUGAGUUCGAGGGAGAUCCCCAGUUACUUUGUGAAAUAAAACACGAAGGAGACGUCCUUGAUCUCCAAUUUUUAGAUGCAGAUAGACUAGUCACAGCAUCUUCAUCUGGGGCAGUGACCAUCUACCGGCAUCAUCAGAACAACCAGACCCUGUCUGUGGCUCACAGAUGGGACCGUGCCCAUCACUAUCCCUGCGAUAAUGCCCCGUGCACAGGAGUGGUCUGCAACAGCCCUGAGGUGGUGUCGGUUGGAGAGGACGGGAGGAUUAUACUUUUCCGAGCUGACCAGACUGGGGUAUUGCGCACUAUAGAAAAUGCAGACAGCAGCACAAUCCAUGCCGUUACAUUCCUGAGAACAGCUGAAGUUCUUACAGUGAACUCAAUUGGCCAACUUAAACUCUGGGACCUCAGGCAACAAAGCAAUGAACCUGCACAGAUCCUUGCCCUCACUGGCGACCGAGUUCCUCUCCACUGUGUGGACAGACACCCAAACCAACAGCACAUAGUGGCCACAGGAGGACAGGACGGCAUGCUGUGCAUCUGGGACGUCAGGCAGGGCAACAUGCCCUUCUCGCUCAUGGAGGCCCACUCAGCAGAAAUGUGGGAAGUCCACUUUCAUCCCUCCAACCCAGACCACUUGUUCACGUGCUCAGAGGAUGGAUCCCUGCUGCACUGGGAAACUUCCAGCAGCUCAGACACACCUUCAUUCCUGCAGAGUGGACGUAACACUAGCAUAAUAUCCCGCAGUGCAAUUGCCCCAGCGGGAGGAAACCAAUCAAUUAUCAGUGCGUGGCUUUCUGGAGACUCAGGCAAAGGCCACCUUGAAACAACCCAUAUGCUCCCUAGUCAGACCCUUUCUGUAAAUAGUUUAGAUGUGCUUGGCCAAUGCCUUGUAUGUGGGACUGAUGGAGAGGCAGUAUAUGUCAACAGACAGGUUCCAGUUUGAAAGUUAUCUUAAAGUAUUUUUUGUUUGUUUCUUUGUAUGUAUUGUUGUAACAUAUUGCUUACUCAUUACUUGUGAAGAUAUCUUUUCAUAUUUCCAGUUUUGGGUCAGGCAAUAUUUCUGUCAUUAUUUUCAGCUGAAAUAACCAUGGGCAACAGUAAAAUAAAAGCCGGAUUUGUCUUGUA